ACAUACAUCCUUUGAAAAGUAGACAUUGGUGAGGAAAGACCACCUACCUGACAUGUUGUGGAUUAAAUUGUAGGAAUUUUUCUGAAUUCUGAAAUCACUGGAAUAGCAUUAAUUUAGGAUUGAAACCGAAAAGUGUAUUUUUCAGUGGCAACACGUUGACAGACGUUUUUUUUCGUUCGCUGAACUCCUCCUCUUUCAUGAUCAACGAGUUCAGUACCACCUGUGACUAAUAACCCGUGCCAUCACUGCCUGUUGCGUCCGUGGCUCGGUUGAAGACCUAGUUGUUUUCAUUUAUGAAAAUUACAAAAAACUGCCUCAUUUCAUAGACAUAAAUAACAUUAUCUUCAUUGGACAAAUGACAAUAGCAACGUCGUUUCAUCUGCCAACGCGUAAAGAAUGAUGCGGAUCCGUUCCAACGUUCUGCAUAACUGAGAAAUGUUUCCGCAUAUUGAUUAUAUUUUCUCCACGAAUGUAGCCGCUUCCUCAAGAGAAUGCCCCUUUAAGUUUUAACCACGACUCUAUGAUUGGCAUUAGUUGAUUCAGCGUCAAGAAACUGUUCUUAGAAAGCGCUGGGUGGUUUUGGACAACGCUAAAUGACUGCCGAUGGACUCAUUGCUCGUGUUAACUGGUUUUGAGUCACUGGCAUCUCGGGAGGAACAUCGCGCGGCGCGCUGACAGAUCUCGGUGAUACUGUGGUGAUAGUCAUUGCGAUGUCCACAAAGAAGGCAUCGUUGAAGGAUAAAGAGACUAAAAACGGAACAUCAAAAUAUGUGUUGGAGAGAUGCGCCUCGGUUUGCGAGUAUUUUGAUAUUGCCUUCAAGGUGAUGCUGCUGGGAGACUCUGCGGUGGGGAAGACGUGUGCGCUGGUGCGCUUUAAAGACGGGGCCUUUUUGGGAGGCAACUUCAUAGCCACCGUGGGAAUAGACUUUAGGAAUAAAGUUGUGACGGUGGACAACGUGAAGGUCAAACUCCAGAUCUGGGAUACUGCAGGACAGGAGAGAUUCCGCAGUGUCACGCACGCUUACUACAGAGACGCACAGGGUAAUCUCUGCUCUAUUAAAACACUUCCUGGUUGUGUGUGUUGUAGAAUACUAAGAACACAUGGCUGUGUGAGACUCUCUGCCUUUCUCUCCUCAGCCCUCCUCUUGCUCUAUGACAUCACCAGCAAGUCAUCCUUUGACAACAUCAGGGCCUGGCUGACUGAAAUUCAUGAGUAUGCUCAGAAGGAUGUGGUCAUCAUGUUGCUCGGCAACAAGACGGACAUGGCCGGAGAGAGGGUCAUCAAGCGUGAGGAGGGAGAGAAGCUGGCCAAGGAAUAUGGAGUCCCUUUCAUGGAGACCAGUGCCAAGACUGGAGUCAAUGUAGAGCUGGCCUUCCUGGCUGUAGCAAAGGAGUUGAAGCACAGAGCUGCCCAGCAGCCCAAUGAGCCCAAGUUCCAGAUCCACGACUACAUUGCGUCUGAGAAGCAGAAGUCUGGCUGCUGUGGUGGCUACAUGUAGCUAAACCUCUCACCAACUGUUACACCACACCAGGCCACAGUGAGAGAGGAACAAGAGAGAGACACAAACAUCUACAAAAGGAGGGAGAUAGAGAGAGACAUAGAGCAGUAGGGAGACAGUCCCCCUAAAAUAGCAUCAUCAGAUAGCGAGUAGUCAAAAAGAGCAGAGCAACCACAUUGUGAAAAAGAGAGCACCUGGUCUGCUCCCCACCUACUUGGAAAGCCUAUGGUAACUAGACAACCCUCAUUCUACCCCUAUCAGGAGAAAAACCAUGUCAGUGUUUUCAGUUGGAUAGAAAUCCAUUACCAGUGUAUUUAAAAUGUGAAUUUAUAUUUGAAACAUGCUCAGAUCAUUUAGUUCAUGUGUAUCACAUGCUGCAGCUGCAGCCUGUCAGCCUUACUCAUUAUUGCCAUAAGGAAGGAGUGGAAAUCCAAAUGGAAUUUCUUACCCCAAUAUUGCCAUAUUUACAAAGAAAUGAAGAAAUGAUCUGAUCACUUUAUGUAAAGAUGUUAGCUGGAAUAAAAUACAGAUUUUUUUGGGGCUCAUGGCUUCAUAUGUUUCACCACAUUCUAUUCAGGACUAAAUGCCAUUAUACCUGUUGUAUGAGGAGUACCCUCUACUACUGCGGUGUCAUACACAGCGUGUCCCAGAUGCGGCCUCUACCGGCUAAAAAUAUGUCUAAUGACAGUCAUUUUGUAAUUAUACUCCAAAUUAAAAUUAUUUUCUGAAAUGUUGUGGUCAAAUGUUAAUUGAGGUGGUGGUCAGAAGUUCCAGCAUGAGUUUUGAUUUGCUUUUAAACGUGCCAUCCACCAAUGAGAGAGCUCCCUCAGACAGUGUUGUUGUGGAGCCUCUUUCAGUCAUCAUUAAUGGAUGUUGUUGUUGUUGUGUCUCUACUGUACAUGGGUUGUUCAUGGGUUGUUCAUGGGUUGUUCAUGGGUUGCAUUGUGUAAAAUGUUCCUUUGUAUUUGGUUCAUUAUGAAUGUUUGCUUAUUGAAUUUGCUUGAUGUCACACUUAUUUUCACUAUGGAGGUGUCACAGUGAUCACGAAGUGCCAUGGAAAAGUGCUUUGUUAUCGUACAGUAUAUAAAAACUAUUUUUUUGUAA